UGUGGAUAUUAAUCUGGCCAUAGCUGCUCACAAACCAGACAGCAAGGUCAAGAGGACCGGCACAGUAAGAUGUGGAAGAGAAUCGACCAUCAGCCCAAGAUCAAAGCAGGGGAUGGACCUCAGGCAGGCCAGUUCAAGGAACUGGGUGCAGCUCGGGAAACUGCCAUGCCACACUCUCUAGAGCUGUCAGAAUUCCAGAGCUUCCCUGUGUUUGAGGACAUUAGCCAUCACAUCAAAGAAGUGGGGGCCCAGCUGGUAAAGAAAGUCAAUGCCGUCUUUCAGCUGGACAUCACCAAAGAUGGGAAGACCAUUCUGCAGUGGACCAUCGAUCUGAAGAAUGGUUCUGGGGACAUGUAUCCAGGACCCGCCAGGCUUCCAGCAGACACUAUCUUUACAAUCCCAGAACCUGUCUUUAUGGAGUUGGUUUUGGGCAAAAUGAACCCUCAGAAGGCUUUCCUUGCUGGCAAGUUCAAAGUGAGCGGCAAAGUUUUGCUUGGCCAGAAGCUGGAGAGGGUUUUCAAAGACUGGGCUAAAUUUUAAGCAUGUAAAAUGCCAAGGAAAUGAUCAGAACUUCUCUCCGAUUAUAAUGUUGAGCGGAAAUCAUGCUUGAACUGAAGAUUAAAGCAAAAAGUAUCCAAUAUUUUUACUCAAAUUCUUCCUAUUCAAGUUUGAUUAAUUUUCCUGCUGAUGUGUUCAUUUUCAGUGAGGUUCUAGAGCAGUAAAGAGUGUUGGAGUGCAUCACCUAAAA